AUGGAUAUUGAAAAAUCAGACAACUCAAUCCCCGAAGAAGCUCUCAGGGCCAAGAUCAUCACUAUGGUUACGCUGUUUAGCGUGUCCAUGGUUGUCGGAUGCGUACCAAUACUAAUUUCGAUGAAAUUUAACUGGUUUGCUAAUUCAGCCGGUUCAAAUAUGCGAUCAUCAAAUCAACUGGUAAUCGGGCUACUGGCCUUUGGUGGAGGAGUGUUAUUUGCUACAACAUUCUUGCAUUUGUUGCCAGAAGUUGACGAAAAUAUCAAGUUACUGCAAGAAAAUGGCGAACUACCUCAUAUGCCGAUAUAUCUGGCAGCUUUGAUAAUGUGCAGUGGCUUCUUCAUGAUGUAUUUAGUAGAGGAAUUAGUACAUGUAUACAUUAGCAAUCGAGAAAAUAAAACAGCGAAUACGAGUUUUACUAGAGUGCUGAGUAUCAGACGAAGCAGUGAUGUGGCUGAGAACUCCGACGAUAAGACUAUCGCAACCAAGGAAGUAGAAGCGGGGAAUCAUCAUGAAACCAGUCAUAUUGCGCUGAACUUAUCGGAUGAUUCUAUUGUAUCCGCUUUAAGAGGCUUACUCAUUGUCCUAGCGCUGUCUGUUCAUGAACUUUUCGAAGGGCUCGCAAUUGGAUUGGAGGCUUCUGCGAGGAACGUGUGGUACAUGUUCGGCGCUGUCUCUGCUCACAAAUACAUAAUCGCGUUUUGCAUUGGAGUGGAGCUGCUGGCGGCUGGCACGAAACGCUGGCUAUCUGUGGUGUACAUCUUUACCUUCUCCUUCGUAUCGGCGCUAGGUAUAGGCGUCGGUAUACUUCUGGUCGGUGGUGCCGGCGCCUCUGAGGCAGGCCCUUACUCAGUCAUACUGCAGGGUCUUGCGUGUGGGACACUAGUGUACGUGGUGUUCUUCGAGGUGUGGCGGCAAGAUCGCACAGGCUUAUCGCAGUUCCUCUGCUCUGUGGCCGGAUUCACGCUUAUGGUGUGUCUGGAAGUUGCCGUUGAGUUGGCUGCCUGA